UUUUUUUUUUUCUUUGUUUAUUCAUUUAUUCAUUUACUUUUUUUUUUUAAACAUUAAUAUGAAUUUGUCAAGGACAACAUCGAGUAUAACAGAUGCAUCAGGUUUAUUAUAUGCUGGAUUUAAUCAAGAUUAUGGCUGUUUUGCAGUAGGACUUGAUAAUGGAUUCCGAAUCUAUAAUUGUGAUCCUUUAAUUGAACAAGCAAGAGACGAAUCUAAUGAGGGAGGAAUUGGCCAUGUUGAAAUGUUAUAUCGUACAAAUUAUCUUGCACUUGUUGGAGGAGGUAGAAAUCCAAGAUAUCCACCUAAUAAAGUAAUCAUAUAUGACAGUAUGAAAGGGAAGCCAGUUUUGGAAUUAGAAUAUAAAAGUGAAGUAAAGAAUGUCAAGUUACGAAGAGAUAGAUUAACUGUAGUUUUACAAAAUAAAGUAUUUGUAUAUCAAUUCAGUUUACCUCCACAAUUAUUACAUACGUUUGAAACAUGUGACAAUGAUAAAGGACUUGCUGCUGUUUCAACUUCUUUAGAGCAUGCAAUAUUAAUUAUUCCCGGGAAACAGAAAGGCCAUCUACAGAUUAUUGAUUUAAAUUCACUUGGCUAUUAUAUAUCCGUUGGUGAAGAGACAACUUCACCUUUAUUUACUUUACCCAAUAAUUAUCAUUCUAAUAGUAACACACGUAGAUCGAUGAAUGUAAGUAUUAUAGCAGCUCAUUCUAGCAAACUAAGUUGCAUAGCAUUAAAUCAAGAUGGAUCACGAUGUGCAACCACAAGUGAUAAAGGGACUUUAAUUCGAGUAUUUAAUACAUCUACCGGAACACUAUUAAAUGAGCUACGACGUGGUAUGGAUAGAGCAGAAAUAUAUUCGAUUGCAUUUAAUCAAGAGUCGACUCGACUUUGUGUUUCAUCUGAUAAAGGUACAAUACAUAUCUUUAACUUGGAUCCAUCUGUGGUUACUCAUCUAGAUCACAAGCCUCGAGGACCGACCUAUGGCGAAGUCGUUGUCUAUCCUACACAAUCUCCUUCAAAUUUUGGUUUAACCACUUCAGGGAAUCGUGGAAGUGCAUUAAGUUUCAUGAAGGAUAUUUUACCAAAAUAUUUUAGUUCAGAAUGGAGUUUUGCUCAUGCAAAGAUAGCUACUGAAAGUAGGUGUCUUAUUGCCUUUGGAAAUCAAAAGAAUUCAAUUACAGUUAUAUGUGCUGAUGGUGGCUGUUAUAAAUUUUAUUUUGACCCGAGGAAAGGUGGUGAAUGUACAAAAGAGUCAUUUGUACGCUUUUUAAAAAGAGAAUAGAUAAUAAAAUUCAACAAAAUGACUACCAAUUUUACAAGUAUUUACUCGUCCAGACUCUUAUAUAAUACUGGAGUUUUAAACAGUAUAUAUUAGAAGUCCCUCCCCCCCUUUUUUUUAGUGUGUGUCUUUAUGAAUAAUGAAAAAAAAAUUCAACAAUAAACUGUCUUUUCUUUGAUAUUAGUUGACUCAAGGCAUAAUAAAG